CUUGAUGCUUUGUGAUCUGCCCUAGGUUUGAGAUAGCACCCUGACUCUUGAGGCCUUUUUGCACAGGUGGUUCAAGUGCAUACAAAAACUUAAAGUCCCUGAAUUUCCCUCCCCGUGAUAAAUGAAGUAUUUCUGAUUCUGAUUCUGGUGUGAUCCUGCAGAGAGAACAGCCGACGUGAAGAUCAGACAUCUUUCUUCACGCCGUGCUCUGCAGGUUUUGACUUGUGGACGUUCUUGCUCUUUUGGUUUCACUCCUUUUUUGGAGGGAGGGGGAUUAUUGUUUGGAGUUUAAUCUCUACACACUGCACAAAAAAUCUGACAAUGAUGAACUUUCUAUCACUUUAUUACGAGUAAACCUUUCCUCCAGUUGGAAUAAAACUGCAGCUCCUUGUUGUUCUUCUUGUAGUACGCUGAGUCUCUUAUUUCCUGUCUUCAUUUCCUCAUCCUGCCCUUCUCUCUGAUCUCUCCUCUUCCUUCCACCCUUGUUCCUCCUCUGUCAUCCCUCUCUCCUCCUCUGUCAUCCCUCUCCCUCUCUUCAGGCUGAAGAUGAUGUAGUCCUCCUGGCUGCUAUCCCUCUGGCUGUGCUCGACUCCACCCUCUGCUGGUGGAUAUCCGUUACUGCACCUUUCCUUUUUUUCUGCUCUUCUUCUUCUUCUUCUCUGCUUUGUCGUGUGUUGUUGAUGUGUAGUCAAAUUUCCGCCACUCUUAAUCCCACAUUUAAACAGAGUUUUGAGAAUAUUUUAAAAUGUUUGAAUCAGAAAUUUAAGUGUUGCUUCCUUGACCGCGGCGUCACAUCUUCGUGAGUCUGGCUCAGACGAUGAAGCUGCUGAGGCUGAGGAGGAACGUGGUGAAGCUGUCUCUCUACAGACACUUCACCAACACGCUCAUCUUUGCUGUCAUAGCGUCAGUGAUCUUCAUCAUCUGGACCACCAGGACCUUCAAGAUGUCCAAGUGUCUGUCUGACUGGAGGGAGCUGUGGAUCGAUGACGCCUUCUGGCGCUUCCUGUUCUCCAUCAUCCUAUUGGUCAUCAUGUUCCUGUGGCGACCAUCAGCCAAUAACCAGAGGUACGCCUUCAGUCCUCUGCUGGAUGAAGAGAUCGAGGAAGAGGAGAAGGAGCCCAUGAUGAACGAGGCGUUCGAGGGGAUGAAAAUGAGAGGCAUGAAGAACGAGACCAACGGCAGCGCCAAAGCCAACAAAGUGGACGAGGAUCUGAAAUGGGUCGAGGAGAACAUCCCGUCGUCGAUGGCAGACGUCGCCUUGCCGCCUCUGCUGGACUCUGACGAGGAAACAAUGACGACUAAAUUUGAGAUGUCGAAGAUGGAGUGAAGACGAAGAAGAAGAAGAAUGAUGAAGGACUGUUUGAAAUAGAAAGACACAAGUGAAAGAACGGCGGCGUACAAGGUGGAUGGAAAGAGGAGAGAUUAAAUGCACUCUGGAGGAGGGGCGGAUGGACUGAUGGAUGAAAGAGGGAGGCCAGGUGGAGGUGUGUGAUUCAGUCCCUGAUGUUAUGAGCUUUGUAAGCCUUGAUUGUAAAAACACUGGGAGUGGAAUGGAUCCCAGCGCCUCACAGAUCCUUUUAUUUUCUCUUUUUAUUGCCUGUUUGUAUUUAUAUUUCUAUAUAUACAGUAUAUUUUGACAGAUUUGAUGUUGACCAGGUUUUCUGCUACCUUUUGCCUUGUCCUGCGUUUACAUGUGGAAAUGUGAUUUUUCAGAUAUAUCGUGUCUUUCGGACGUUUGGUUUGGUUUUCACGAUGGCGCUCAUUCCUUUGUUUCGUUUUGUACGUGCGCGCGUCGAGCGUCUUCAUUUGGACUCUUUCAAAAUAAAAAAACAAAGCGGUGAAACCGAAAGAAAGAAGAACGGACGGUUUGAUUUUCAGUCUCUUUGUUUCUGUUUCGUGUUCGCCUAAACGUCGUUCUGAACGUUUCUUUCUUCAGUGAGUUAGAAUCAAAGACGCUGAUAUUCGAGGUCACCUGACAGUCAGCUGUUACAGCUGUCAUCCACCUGCUGCAGGAGAACACUUCCUGAUUGGCUGUUCAGUCAGGUAAAUCUGUGUUUCUGCAAAUUUCAAACAGCUGGUGGAAGUUUCACCUCUUGCCUUUUGGUGUUUUUUGUUUGUGUCAGGGCGCAUCUUUAAUCAGCCACUGAAGAAUCUCAACUUUACAUGAUGCAGUUUGUGCAGACGUUCCUGCUCCCAGAGGCUGAACCCUGAACCCAAAUGACCGAAGUCAACUUUUAGCUUCUCCUAUCCCAUUUGGGGUCGCCAUUGGAGGCUGGAGCGUGUGUCAUUUGUGGCGAGAGGCGGGAACAUCCUGGACUCUCUUAGCAAUUUAGACUUCAAAGUUAACCUAAUGAGCGUCUUUAGAUUGAGGGAGGAAGCUGGGGCGAACAUGCAAACUGCACUAAAGCCUGAUUUAUACUUCUGCGUUGAAUCGACGGCAUAGCCUACGCCGGAGGCCUGCGUAGCUCCCGUACCUACGCAGAGGCCCUGUGAUUGGUCCACUCGGCGGCAUUUUAUUUCCUGCAUUUACAGCACUUCUGGUAUUUCAUCUCCUCCUCUCUAUUCUUCAUGUAAUCAGAGAGACCACACUGCCCUCAAACGGACACAUUGUGCUCAUGUCCUGAAGUAGAAGUAUAAAUCAGUCUCAACACUCUCAAGCAUGCAACCAUGAUGUCUGUAAAACCCAAAAUACAACCCUGACAUCAAACCACGAUCUCCUCUGAAACCUCAACAAACUGCAGCCGUAAGAAAACGUCUGCAGCGUGAUGAGGUUCAGGAACGCUUCCUGUUUUCACGCUACACACUAAACAUGCAUCACGACACUUUGCAAAGUUCAGUUUUCAUCGUUGCACGAAAAGCAUCUAAAUGUGAACAUACUUGCACUUUCUUUAGCCGUGCGUAUUCUCAAGUUUAAUGUUCAGGUGUUCAGUUUGAGAACACAUCGAAUCUGCAGGAAGUCUUGCAAGUAGUGUUUGCAUAAAUUGAUCCACAAACAAGCAGAGAAUCACCUGCGUGUGUGAGGUUACGAUCAUGCAUGAGCUUCCACUGCACCGUGCAAAAAGAAACUACUUAGGUUCUGCUUCUGUUUGUGUUUGUGUCUUUAGUUUGUGAGAUUCAAACUCACAAAAGAAUCACAGGAAACACUGAUUGAUUCAUGGAAAACCUGAAAGAUGAGAGGAAAGCUUCUUCAGUCUGCUGCCUCUCCCUGUACCUGCACACACACACACACACAAACACACACAGACACAUUAGCUGGUGUGUUAACAGCAGCCGUUAUCGCUUUUAGUGGCAGAUAAUAGCCGUGUGUGUGUGCAUAUGAACAUAUAGACGCCCCUGUGUGUUUGUAGAGGAUGUGCAGCGUCGACAGUGAUGGGUCUUUAAAAUGCAAUCAUGGACGUCGUCAUGAUGAAGAUGUUUCCCUCAUGAUUACAAUCUGAAGUCUGACUCAGAACACAGCUGCACAGAAAGUGUCUUUUUAUGAGCGCUGGUGUUUUAUUUUGAAGUGCAGAGCCAUUAAAAGACCGUCUCAUCAUCAUCAUCCACAGACGACUCAUACAAGUGUUAUUAAAACAGAACAUCUGAGAGCAGUGUUUCUGAAACCAGGAGUCCCUCAGAGUCACUUCUCUUCCUCUGAAGCCUUUGUAAUAACUUGAUUGGUGAAUCACUGAAUGACUCGCCGUGGUCGUCUCAUUUUGAAGCGUUUCCCCCGUUUUGUGUGUGUGUGUGUUUCGUUUCCACAUCGCAGCAGCAGCAUCUGUGGUCCAAGAAGACUCUGGUUCUGUAACGAGCUGUGCUGUUUGGUUUGUAAAUAAAUCAAAAACUCAUAAAA